AUGGAAACGGCCGCGGCGGACGGCGGCCGCAGAGGGACACAAAGGCCCGCGGCCGAGCGGAGGCGGCGGCCGGAGCGGGAGCGGGGCCCGGCGCUGAGGGGCCCCAUGGAGCCGGCGGCGGGCGGCGGGGCCGGGGCGCCGCGCUACAGCCUGGUGGCGGAGAUCGGGCGCGGCUCCUACGGGGUGGUGUACGAGGCCGUGUCGGGCCGCAGCGGCGCCCGCCUGGCCGUCAAGCGGAUCCGCUGCGACGCGCCCGAGAACGUGGAGCUGGCGCUGGCCGAGUUCUGGGCCCUGACCAGCCUGCGGCGCCGCCACCCCAACGUGGUGCGCUUCGAGGAGUGCGUGCUGCAGCGCGACGGGCUGGGCCAGCGCAUGAGCCACGGCAACAAGCAGAGCCAGCUGUACCUGCGCCUGGUGGAGACCUCCCUGAAAGGUGAGAGAAUCUUGGGCUAUGCUGAGGAGCCCUGUUAUCUCUGGUUCGUCAUGGAGUUCUGCGAAGGGGGAGAUCUGAAUCAGUACGUGCUCUCGCGGCGACCGGACCCAGCCACUAACAAGAGUUUCAUGCUACAGCUAACCAGCGCAAUCGCCUUCCUGCACAAGAACCAUAUUGUGCACAGGGACCUGAAGCCAGACAACAUUUUGAUCACUGAGAAGUCUGGCACCCCGGUUCUCAAGGUGGCAGACUUCGGACUCAGCAAGGUCUGUGCUGGCCUGACGGCUCGGGGCAAGGAAGGUGGGAAUGAUAACAAAAAUGUGAAUGUGAACAAGUACUGGCUGUCUUCAGCCUGCGGCUCUGACUUCUACAUGGCCCCUGAGGUCUGGGAGGGACACUACACAGCCAAGGCAGACAUCUUUGCCCUGGGCAUCAUCAUCUGGGCCAUGAUUGAGAGGAUAACUUUCAUUGAUGCAGAGACCAAGAAGGAGCUACUGGGGACCUACAUCAAGCAGGGCACAGAGAUUGUGCCCGUUGGGGAAGCACUGCUAGAAAACCCAAAGAUGGAGUUGCAUAUCCCCCAGAAACGCAGGACUUCCAUGUCUGAGGGAAUCAAGCAACUCUUGAAAGACAUGUUAGCUGCUAACCCACAGGAUCGACCUGAUGCCUUUGAGCUUGAAACCAGAAUGGACCAGGUUACAUGUGCUGCUUAAAUUCAGGGCAAAGCAUUAGUGCAUUUUGCAAUUGGGUUUAUUUACCAGGGACCUACAAUCUCCAUUACUUACAUGCACAGAGGGAAGAAGAUGGUAUUGAAGAUCACCUGACAACAGGAUCUCUGGCAGUGGGAAGUUUUCCGUUUGUUUUGGGUUUUUUGGUCACGUGAGAUUUCAGAAGAACAGAAUCUUUGCAGCCCAGUUGGUUACAAGACUAUUGAAUGAGGUCAAGAAGAACAGGUUUCUCUUCCCCCACAUCCCCACCCCUUUCCCCCACCGUUUCAGCCUUGUUAUUCAACUAGAAUGCUACAGGUUCUUCUGGGAAAGACUUGUGUCUUUUUACCAACACUGAUUGGAAUUAGAAUCUCUGCAAAGCAUUCCCUCAGCUGCUGACAAGUACCAAGGCUCAAA